UCCCCUUCCUGUUCGAAAUGCACACAGACGCAAACACAGAUAAGCAAAAAACCCAAUGAGAUCACCACCAAGGAUAACCACCAGGGAUCGAAUGCAUACCUUCCACGUUUGGCAAGUUUUUGAUUUUCCACAGCCGACGCUAGCGUAUCAUGACACCUUGUCUGGUUCCUAUGACACCUUGUCUAGUCCCUGGGCAAGCUGGCGUGCUUGUGAUGCGAUAUGAGCUUGCGGGGGGACACUCGGCUUAUCGUAUCAGCACUCGAGAAGGGUGCAACGCGACGAAAAAGUUUUGGAUGUGUGGGGGAGAAUGGGUCACACAAAGCCAUCGCGACUAGACUGAGACAUGGCAUGGGUGGGAAUCCUUCACCGCCAUGCUUGCGACACUGCUCGGGCUGAGACA